AUGUUACCUUUUCAAAUUCUUAUACAUAAUAGUACAAAUGCAACAUCAUCGUCACCAACUAGCCAUAAUAUAUCAUUAGCAAAUAUUUUUGACAAUACUUCUCAAAAUCCGCAGCAAACGUCAUUCAAUCGCCAUGCACGUAUACCAUCAUUAUUAUCAAAUAUAUUUCUUUGGUUAUCUUUUUUAUUCACUAUUACUUUAUUACAAAUCUGUAAACAUGAAUUAAGUACAAAUAUUAAAAUAUUCUAUGGUUUAAUGAUGUUAUUAAUUAUAAUUAUUUGCUAUAUAUUCAUUUUAUUGGAAUCAAAAGGUUGUACAGAACAAAUCUUACUUAAGAAAUGUAUGCAAGUUGAUAUGAUUAAACGAGAACUAGGUUUACUACAAAAAAAUUCGAAAUUACAAACUUAUCUGAGUGUAAAAGCAACAAAUUAUUAUAGUACAUUGAGAAGAAAAUAUAUUGAUUAUCAAUUAUAUGAUCGAUCACGAUGUAUGCGUAUACAAUCAUUUUUACAUCAAAAUAUUCGUUUAAUCGAUAGUCCAUGUAACAUUCGUCAAUAUGAUAUAAUUAUUCCGGAUUUCUCGAUAGCUGAGAAUCGCCUAUGUCAAAUUCUAUUUAAAUUUCAUGUGACAAUUAUUGGUCGUGAUGCUGAUAUUGUUUAUGAUGAUAUGAUACAAGAAUUUCAACGUCUUGAAAAUAAUUUACUAAAUACAUCUAGUACGCAUCGAAUUCAUUUGCAUUCAGCCAAUAAAUUAGCACGCUUACAACGAUAUAUUUACUUUCAAUUUCAUGAUAAACUACAACAAGAUUUGUUAUUUGGACAACGACGAACAUGUCUUGUUUAUGAAAAUAAAAUGAAACUAUAUGGUCGAUGGUUUUUAAAUGAAAAUAUUUUUUGGAUAAUGACAUGUGUUGGUUUAUCAUGGUUGUUUCGUGCUCUAUUUGCUUGCUUAGUAACAAAAAUUAUCAUACCUAUUCAUAUUGAAUUAGAGGGUGCUAUGCCUUUACAAACAUUUAUCAUGAGUGAUGAGAAAAAUCUCAUUAAAGAAAAUUUAUGA